UCUAGCUCUUGAAUUUCUUUCCAUUGCUCUCUCAAAGGAGUACGUAGUGUUCUUCUGCAAAUAAAGAAGUGAUCAUGGAGAAGGAGAUGGAGCAGCAAAUGGGAGAGAUUAUGGCAGCACGUAAGCUCAUCUCAAAAUACGCCCAUGGCUUCAUGGAGUCCAUGGCCCUCAAGUGUGUGGUGGAGCUUGGAAUAGUAGACAUCCUUCAUAAGCACACUAAGCCCAUGACACUUCAAGAGCUUGCCAGUGGUCUCUCUUUGCCAACGGUUGACAUGAACCGAUUCCAAAGGCUGAUGAGGUUUGUGGUUCACUACAUGGGUCUCUUCACCUUAGACAACAAGAAUGGCACCUAUGGGUUGACUCACUGCUCCCAGUGUCUACUCCAAGAUGGCGAGUCUUUCAUGCCUCCCAUGAUUCUCCAUGGAAUAACUGAUUGGAUGAUUGGACCAUGGUACUCUCUGAGCAAAAGCAUACAAGGAGGCCCGACGCCAUUCGAGAUGUAUCACGGCGUCAACUGUUGGGACUAUUUGGCGAGUCAUCCUGAUGAGAAUCGGAUGUUUAACGAGGGGCAGGCAGCCAUCACAAGGGAGAUAAUUGGUGUGAUAGUGAGGCAAUAUGGAUCCUGGUUAUUUGAAGGGAUUGGAUCCAUAGUGGAUGUAGGAGGAGGGAAUGGAGCAGCUGCGAAGAAGAUAGUGAAGAAGUUCCCCAACAUCAAGUGCACUGUGUUGGAUCUUCCCCAUGUAAUCAGGGGUAACUCGGAGAAGUCCAAUAGUGAAGUGGAGUGGGUUGAAGGGGACAUGUUCCUAUCGGUGCCUCACGCGGAUACUAUCCUUCUCAAGUAUAUCCUUCAUGACUGGGGUGAUGAUGAUUGCGUGAAAAUCCUUCAACGAUGCAAAGAGGCAAUUCCAUCGGAGGGAGGAAAGGUAAUAAUAGUUGAAAUGGUGGUAGAGAUCAAUCCAGCGGAGACUGAUAUUUCAACAAUGUUAACAACCGACAUGUUUAUGAUGGUGAAUACUGGAGGAAAAGAGCGAACAAAAGAGGAAUGGGAGAAGCUCAUUCGCAAUGCAGGGUUUAGCAAAUGCAAAAUAACUCCAGUUCUAGCUAUAGCUUCAGUCAUUGAAGCUUACGCUUAGCAGUGGAUUUUCUUCCAUCCCUGGCCCUCUCUAUGGGUCUGGAUCAUCUACUAGAAUGAAUAAUUAAGCUUCAUGUAAUGUUAUGUUAAGUGGUGAGGUUUUUUAUUUUUUUGUUUGUUCAUUAACGUCUCUCCAUGUACUAUAUGAACUGAAGCUCAUCUCCUUAUCUAAAGUCAAUAUCAAGUUUUCUUUAUGGA